AUGGUCGUCACUGAUAAAGUUAUGAUGCGCUCCAUGGUGUUGCUGGAGCUUAUGCCAGACACAUCUUUGUGGAAGAGCUUGGUGCUGGAUGAAAGCUCGCUGUUGAAUUGUGUCCCGAAAGAGGACUUUGGAGGUGGUCAUCCGGAUCCUAGCCUCACCUAUGCAAAAGAGUUGGUUGAACGGAUGGAUCUUGGAAAGUCAUCCUCAAAUGUUGAGCCCCCUGAAUUUGGCGCUGCAGCUGAUGGAGAUGCUGAUCGCAACAUGAUUCUGGGUAAAAGAUUCUUUGUGGCACCAUCGGACUCUGUUGCCAUUAUCGCGGCCAAUGCUGUCCAAUCAAUUCCUUACUUUGCUUCUGGCCUCAAGGGAGUUGCCAGGAGCAUGCCAAUAUCUGCUGCCUUUGAUGUUGUUGCAAAGAAUCUGAAUCUCAAGUUCUUUGAGGUGCCUACUGGGCGGAAGUUUUUUGGGAAUUUGAUGGAUGCUGGAAUGUGCUCAAUCUGUGGUGAAGAAAGCUUUGGCACUGGGUCUGACCACAUUCGUGAGAAGGAUGGCAUCUGGGCUGUGCUUGCAUGGCUUUCUAUUAUUGCUUUCAAGAAUAAGGACGACCUUGGAGGAGAUAAGCUUGUCAGUGUUGAAGAUAUUGUCCGUCAGCACUGGGCCACAUAUGGUUGCCAUUAUUACACACGCUAUGACUAUGAGAAUGUUGGCGCGGGGGCUGCUAAGGAGCUUAUGGCAAACCUAGGAAGCAUGCAGUCAUCACUUUCUGAUGUCAACAAGCUGAUCAAGGAGAUCCGGUCUGAUGUUUCUGAAGUAGUUGUAGCUGACGAGUUUGAGUACAAGGAUCCUGUUGAUGGCUCUGUGUCCAAGCACCAGGGCAUCCAAUACCUCUUCGGAGAUGGUUCACGGCUGGUGUUCCGCCUCUCUGGAACUGGUUCUGUUGGUGCCACCAUCCGUGUCUACAUCGAGCAGUACGAGAAGGGUUCCUCCAAGACCGGCAGGGAUUCACAGGAUGCCCUUGCUCCGUUGGUUGUUGCGCUCAAGCUCUCCAAGAUGCAAGAGUACACUGGCCGCUCUGCCCCGACCGUUAUCACAUAA